CCUAGUACAGUGUACAUAAUAUAGAUGAACGUCCGGGGCGCAUGCCUGGAUCCAUCGUCAUGAGGCCGCCUGCUGAGCCCAAGAAGGUAUGCGUCAUCGGCGCGGGCUUGUCCGGGCUGGCGGCGGCGCGCGAGCUGCGGCGCGAGGGCCUCGCCGUCACGGUCCUGGAGCAAUGCGGCGACAUCGGCGGGCAGUGGCUCUACGACCCUCGGACCGACGCCGACGACCCGCUCGGAGCCGCGGUGCCGGUGAAUGUGCACAGCAGCAUGUACGCGUCCGUGCGGCUGAUCAGCACGCGCGAGGUCAUGGGCUUCUCCGACUUCCAGUUCGUGCCCAGGCCCGGCGCCGCCGGCCGCGACGCGCGCCGCUUCCCAGGACGCCGCGAGAUGUACUGCUACCUCAAGGACUUCUGCGCCGCGUUCGGGCUCGCCGACGCCGUCAGGCUCAACACCCGCGUCGUGCGCGUCGCCAUGGCGGCGCCGGCGCCACGUGAAGCCUCCGGCGGCGACGUCAAAUGGCUGGUGAGAUCCGUACACGUCCAGCCGGACGGCAGCGAGCACGGGGUGGCCGCCGAGGAGGUGUUCGACGCCGUCGUCGUCGCCAACGGCCAUUGUUCGCAGCCAAGAUUGCCCAAGAUACAAGGAAUGGGGGAAUGGAGCCGGCGGCAACUGCACAGCCACUCCUACCGGGUGCCGGACCCCUACCGCGACGAGACGGUGGUGAUCGUCGGCUGCGGGGACAGCGGCCUGGACAUCGCCCUGGAUCUCUCCGGUGUCGCCAAGGAGGUUCACCUCUCAGCCAAGACCGUGGGGGACGCCACGACGCCGGCGGUGUCCAAUAUCCUCGCCAACCACUCCGACAUGCACCUGCACCCGCAGGUGCACCGCCUGUGCGAGGACGGGCGGGUGGUGUUCGCCGACGGCCCGUCCGUCGUCGCCGACACCGUCAUCUACUGCACCGGGUACCUGUACUCGUUCCCGUUCCUCGACACGGGAGGGGUGGUCACCGUGGACGACAACCGCGUGGGCCCCCUGUUCGAGCACACCUUCCCGCCGGCGCUGGCGCCGUCGCUGUCGUUCGUGGGAAUACCGAUGAGGGUGCUCGUGCCGUGGUUCCAGGAGGCGCAGGCCAGAUGGAUCGCGCGGGUUCUGUCCGGCACGGCGGCGCUGCCGCCGGAGCAAGACAUGCUGCAGGCGGUGCAGGAGGGCUACCGCGCCAGGGAGAUGGCCGGCUUCCCGGCGAGGUACUCGCACGACAUCGGCAAUUUCAAAACCAGUGAGAUCCUCGAGUUCGUCAACAGGUACACGGACCUCCCAAACAUGGAGGAUUGGAAGAUGGAGCUGUUAUUGACUACCUUAGGGAACAUGAAGGACAACCGCGAAACCUUCCAGGACCGUGACGACUACAGUGAGAACGUCAAUCAGGGUUUUCAGAGAUGGCUCUCCUUAGCUGGUGCCCAAUAUGAAGCUGCCAUUGCUGCUGCUGGUGGUGGUGAUGAUGAUGCCGGUGGUGAUGCUGCGCAAGUGCAGCAGAAGCCAUUGCCGGCUCCAUAUCUCAAGUCUGAACUCUAAACUCUGGACUGUUCAGGUGCAUUCCACUGCUUGAACGACGAAAUGUUUACCCGUGUAUGGACAAUUAGUUAUUCAUCUGUUAAAUCUAAUAAUUGUGUAAUGUACUGCCACCUUAGUACUAUCAUUAUUUAUAUUUUACCUUAUCAUCUCUCGACUUUCUAUAACUAUGAUGUCUAGACA